AUGUCGAGGGAAGCCUUGUCAAGUAAGCAAGCUCUGCAAGAGAGAACAGCCGGUGAGCAAGGCAUGCAGAGAACUCUCAGAGAUGCCAACAUUCAAAAGGGUCAGCUGCUCGAGAAGCGGCAGGUGGAGCGCUUUGGCAUUGGUUCCAUCCGGGAAGUCAAAGGCGCUGAAGCUAGCGAUGCGAAGGGUGGACGAGAAGCGGUGCACUGA